AUGAAUAAAUUUAUUUUACGUCACGUCAUCAUCUGCUUGUUUUGAUUUAAUUUUUCCACAUUUCAAUGGAUUAUUCUGAAUCUUAUAAUAUAUGUUAUGGGUCUUUCGACUGACCAAUAAGGAAUAAAGAUUUACUUAUUUCAUAUUUAGGUAUUGUUUCGAAAUCUAGUGUUAGAAUUUUGAGUAGUUACAGAUCUUAGCUGGUCAUCAUCAAAUAGUGACUAGAUUCCGGUCAUUAAUAAAUUUACAAAUACUUCAAAACGGCGGGUCGUAGCAAUAUGCGUCGAUCCCGAGAUGGGUACGCUUACCAACCAAUACCAAGGGUUGCAACAGAAGAUGCAUUGGAGAACGAUAACGAGCGAAUGGCCGAAGAACUUAGUGGAAAGAUUAACACCCUGAAGCAUAUGUCUAUACAAAUUGGCGAUGAAGUGCGAUAUCAAGAUAACAUCCUGCGAGGACUUGACGAUGAUGUCGACAGGAGUUCUGGUUUUCUGGGCAAAACUAUGGGCAGAGUACUAAAACUUGGCAAGGGAAACCACAACUAUUAUAUCUUUUACUUGUUUCUGUUCUCAAUAUUUGUCUUCUUUUUACUUUAUAUUAUUUUAAAAUUUAGGUGAUCUAUUGAUGUAGCAUAAGGUUUCAUGUUAUUGUAUUCUUCAUUCCCUGUAUUUAUUUCAUGUUGAUUCCGUUAUAUAUAUUGUAAAUAAAGCCUGUGCUGUAUAUCAAA